AUGAUGAAAACACAGAUUGGCCUGGGAGUCCUCUCGAUUCCAGUAGUGUUUGACGUUCUUGGCAUGGUUCCCGGCGUCAUAUGUCUAAUAGUGAUUGCUGUGAUUGCUGUGAUCGCAACGUGGUCGGACUAUUUCGUCGGUGUAUUCAAGCUUCGACACCGCUCCGUCUAUAGCCUCGACGAUGUUGGUCAAUUGCUGUUCGGCCGUAUUGGGCGCGAAAUAUUCGGUGUGGCAUUCGUCCUUUACUGGAUUUUCGUCGCUGGUGCUGGCAUGCUCGGUAUUUCGAUUGGCCUGAAUGCCGUCUCAACACAUGGAGCAUGUGCUGCUGUUUUUGUUGCUGUUGCUGCAAUUAUAGGGUUCGGCCUCUCCAGCAUUCAGAUACUUAGCAAGAUAUCGUGGCUCGCCUGGGUUGGAGUGAUAUGUAUCUUGACUGCAAUUCUCACAGUCGCUAUUGCUGUUGGCGUACAAGAUCGGCCUGCAGACGCACCUGCAGGAGGUGUCUUUGUGUCGGAUUACACAGUUACCAACAAUCCGUCUUUCACUGAUUCCAUCUCCGCUUGUUCUUCACUGGUUUGCGCAUAA